AGGUGGGAAUGUUUACUCAUCCUUGUACUUGAUUCUUGAAAAAGUAUAGACCUUAGGAUGAAAGGGGUAGUUUUAAAAUAUGGGAAUUCGAUGUGUUUUGAACUCAUGGCUUGCAGCAAUUUAAAUUUGACAGAUAUUUGUCGUUACUCGUUAUGUCAGACACAAAAAAUUCAAAGGCAUAACAAACAAAAAUGUUUUUUCCUUAAUUUUAUCGUUACAAAGUCAAUAAUUCGCACAAAAUGAGUGAAUUUAGAUUGCACGAAAUAAUUUCAGAACUAUCUACUACACUAGGUGGAAAAAUAUCCCCUGAUAAAUUGUUCGAAUACCUACAAGGCGUAAAAUCUGGAAAUUCAUCAGGAUGUACAGAGGAAGUCCAGGAACACUUGAUAAGUCUUGCGCAAGACUCGCCAAAUGCAGAAGCAUUCAUGGCAAAAUACAAUUAUUUCAAAGACAAAAAUGUUGAUUCACUAGACACCUUUGUUAAGCUGCUAUCUAAAAUAUCUGAAGAUCAUAAUUUGAAAGAACUUCUUAAAAAAACUGCAAAGCCACAAGGUGCAUCCUCCUCUGACUUCACCAGGGAUACACUUUAUCAGGUGAAAAGUCGGAUUAAUAAGGAGAUAAAGAAAUCUCCAAAGCUCGACUCCAGCAUGGUUCUGAAUUCAUCCACAACUGUACCACUUGCUACAACCCCUUCUGUUAUGUCAUGGGUACAACGGCGCCCAGUUAUGUCAUGGGAUUUCUCUACCCAUUCAAUCAGCAGGUCAAUUCCAACUGUGCCAGCAGUAUCUCAAGAAAGCAUACUGAUUGAAGAUUUACUCAAUGUUCUUAUAGGUUUGCCAGGCACUUACAUAGAACCAGAAGAGCUGAAGGAUGUCUAUGGUCCAAGAACUUUCAAAAUAAAUGAUAAUGUGCCGGUUUCCCUAAGGGAGCUUGUAAAACAGAUCUUGCCAUUAGCUAGUCAUUAUUCUAUCAUACAGAGGUUCACUGAAGAGAAAAUGAGAUUUGAGUUUGGUCAAGUGAACAAUGCCUUAGCUGAAGAAAUGCAACUCAUAAAUAAGGAGCAUAUACUCUUUACAAUACAACUAGAGAGCAAAUUCAAGACUGAGGGUCUCACACUGUUAAAAGUAAUAUUCUUCCUCCAAAGGAAUAUGCAGAACUUGGGUAUUGCUGCUUCUAUCGCCUCCUCCAUAAGCAAGUCCGAAGCAAAAGGAGGCAAAGUGUUGAGCUUGUUACAUGACAGUAUUAUUGGCUCAAUAGGAGAUGAGAGAGCCCAACAGUUGUGCUUGAAACUUAUGGAGGCUGCGUGUAUUCCAUAUAUGAAAAUGCUCGAGAUGUGGAUCUAUAAAGGAAUCAUUUCUGAUCCCAUUGGCGAGUUUCUUGUGGAAGACAAUGAGGUUGUAGAAAGGGAAGAUAUGCCAGAAGACUAUUCAGCUGACUAUUGGGAGAAAAAAUAUGCCAUACGUAGGGAGAGGAUACCUAAAUUUUUAGAACCCGUUACAGAUAUCAUACUCAAAGCUGGAAAAUAUUUGAAUGUGAUAAGACAAUGUGGUAAGCCAGUAAAGAAUAAAGUGAUCCCAAUCCAAUACAAAAUCGAGGAAAAACAUUAUAUCGAAGCGAUAAACAAAGCGUACACGUUCGCAAGCCAAACCUUACUGGACUUAGUCUUGAAAGAAAAAGAUCUCAUCGGCCGUUUGCGAUCAGUCAAACACUAUUUCCUUCUGGAUCAAGGUGACUUCAUAGUGACCUUCCUCACACUUUGCGAAAAAGAAUUGUCGAAAUACGUGGCCGAUGUCAACCAAGCUUGCAUCGAAUCGCUUAUGGAUUUGGCUUUGAGAAUAUCCAGCGCUGUCAAUGACCCUUACAAAGAUGACCUCAGGGCAGAAUUGCUUCCCGAUGACCUGCAGUUCCGAAUGUUGAGGAUACUCAGCAUCAGUCAAAGAGAUGUCCAACUUCCUGCCGAACCUAAAAAGCUCCUAAUGAUCGAAUCGUUCUCGUUUGGCUAUGAUGUUCAUUGGCCUCUAUCAUUGAUUCUGAAUGUGAAGUCAUUAGCAAAGUACCAGAUGAUAUUCAGACAUUUGUUCUAUUGCAAAUAUAUAGAAAGACGAAUAUGUCAAGUGUGGAAAUCGAACAAAGUCGCUAAGAAGUUUCAUUUUCUGGAUGCGCAACAUUAUAGGGCUGCAUUUGCAUUGAGGCAAAGAAUGCUGCAUUGCGUCCAGAAUUUGGAGUAUCACAUGAUGGUAGAAGUGAUUGAACCGCAUUGGUGCACAUUUUUACAGAGGAUUGGAAAGGUGAAUAAUGUGGACGAAAUUCUUGCUUGCCAUACCGACUUUUUGAACAACUGUCUGAAAGACUGCAUGCUGACAAUACCGCCAGUUUUAAGCACAAUCAUGGAACUUUUGGCCAUAUGCGAAGAUUUUUGUAAAUUCGUGCAGAGGAUGCAGCGGUAUUUUGUGGAAGCAGAAUUGGGUUCUUUGCCAAACUCCUUUUACGAAUCCUUCACUCAGGGUGAUUUGGCAUUUCAAGGAACUGCCUCAAAUCCAACAGAACCUGCACCGAGCUUUAAGCAGAAAAUAUCAAUCUACGACGUGGAAUUUUCCGCAGCUCUGAUGAAACUUUUGGAUCAAAUUAACGAUCUCAACAGAGACACUAUCGAGCACGAUAGGCUUUUCAACCUGCUGUACAGAUGGCCUGCGUUAUACCCUAUGUCCGAAACUCCUAGAGAUUACUUCUCCUCGCCUCCUACAGCACCCUCAAGCCCUCCCUUACACUGCAGAUGAUUAGAUUUCAACUCGUUCUACACGGGACAGAAGCAGAAGUUGGACAAGGCUGUCAAUGGAUCGUCGGGUUGAAAGCUAAGUUUAUAUUUGUUUACUGAUUGCACAUGCAAAGUUUAAGCCAUGUUGAAUAUUAUCGAUACGUUCGCAGUAUUUCACAAUAGUAGUAUACCCUACAAUAUGAAAUGUAUAAAUUAAAUAAUAAGGAUGCACCGAGUACGCGGUGCUCAGGGGUAAUCUGACAUCAUGGCGCAGGCUUGUCAAGUCAAAAGAUUGCAGGUGCGAUGUGAAACCACGUCACGCCUUUUAUUUUUCGCAUAAACACUCAAUAAACAAAACCCACAAAACAACCUAAAGAAAUGCAAUAAAAAUCUGAAAAGUACGUGGAUAACGAGUUUCUCGCAGUUCUGCAAAGAAAACCUUCACAAAUAGGUACAUAAGGAUAACUUAGGUUUUGUUUUACCCAAAUUAUCAUCACCACGUCAUCAUGCUAUUUUAACUUGUUUUUUUUAAUCAGUGUUUGUGAUGGCUAUGACAUGGCUGCAAUUCUAUUAGGUAUUUUUUCUGUAUUUGAGCAACAUGGGACCUGACGAGGCCUACCUUUUACAAAACUAUAGGUUUAAAAUUUCUUGUAAAGGGAAAAAUCCAAAAAUAUAUUAAAAUCGGAUGUUAUAAAAAUGUCAUGUCAACUCAAUAUUUUAGCUGGUAAUAUCCGCGCUGAGUUUCAAGAAUCUCAACAUUUGAAAAACAACUGAAAAUUCCUUUAAAAGCAGUGACCUACAGCACUACACUCACAAACAACCGUCUAAGCUGUACAACUUUUUUUGUGGUACGUUAAUUUCUUGGGAAUAAAGAGAUCUUUCAAAAACACAAAUAUACGAGGUCUUUGAAUUAAGUGAUUUUUUAUUUUUUUUUUCAUCCGAAUAUAAUUAAAAUUUUAUAUUGUCACCCUCAAAAUGACUUCCUUCUGAAGCCAUACAGCUCUGGAGAUGGUUCUUUUACUGCUCAUAGCAGUGCUGGAACUCCGAUACUGGAAUGGCCUUCAGCUGGUCGGUUACAGCCGUUUAAAUGUUUUAGACUGUCCCAAAAUGAGUUUCCUUGAGGUCAUUUUUCAACUUCGGGAGGAGAAAAAAGUCACAAGGACUCAAGUCAGCUGAACGAAGAGGCUGAGGAGCAGCAGGAAUGUUUUCACUGGCCAAAAACUCGUUUAUUGACAUUGAUGUGUGAGUCAAAUUUAACUCUUCCCCGAUCAUUCUGACAGCAGACGAUCUUAACGCACAAUAUCCCGGAUUCUGUGUUCUUGAAUAUGAAGGCCUCCUGCUUCGUGGUUCAUCUUUAAUCGACUCUCUCCCUUUUGAAAAUGCAUUUAACCAUCUAAAAACCUGGGCUCUUGACAAAUCACUAUCUCCGUAGGCCUGUUUAGUAAGAGUUUUCAUUGCACUGUGCCCAAGUCUGAAGCGCUACGUUUCUUGAAAUUGAUGUCACUCAUUUUUAGAACACAAUAGAAAAAAGUGUUUUGCAAAAAAAAAAUGAUACGUACAACCAGAUGACUCAAGCGAGUUUAAACUUGUACUGAAAGCGGAUCACAUGCUCCCCUGUCUCCCCUCUAACCCCGGCGACCCCAGUAUUGCCAGAUGGAAUGCUUCGUUCACUUAAUUUACAGACCUCGUAAUAUAAAUAUCACUAACAGUAGCUGAAAUAACCCAGAGCAAAAGUAGUACUUUGUGAAUCCCCAACAAAUAAUACUUAAAAAACACAUAUCUAACAGAAAGCUCAAUAUUGUCAGCCUUAUCUGCGAAUAAAAAGGUCAGGCCCCAUAUUCAUCAUUUUACUUCCCACACCAUUUGUCAAGGAACCAUUGCAAUCGACAAAUAUUUCGAACUCGAGAUAUGAUUUUUUUUUAAUUUUAUAUGUAGGUACUCGUUUCUGCCGGUCUAUUUAUCUGUCUGUCCGAUAUUCCUUGGACCUUGUAUAACCCAAACUGUAUCUCUCGGACUAUGAUGAAAAAAAGCAAAAAACACCCAGGCCUCGUCUUUGUUUGUUUUUAGAGUUUUUGAUAAGUCUGGACAUAGACGAAAAGUAGGAAUGGUUGAUUUUUCAAAAAUCCGUAACCUCGUUUUUCGGAAUUUUUAGGGCAAUAGAAUAAUUGAAAUCACCAUCCAAAGCAUUUUUUUUCUAUUUAUAACUUUCGUAUAGGUAUGAUUUUAAAUAAUAAAAAUAAAAGAUUGUGAAAAUUAAAUAGGCAUACUUGGGGUAGACUAAUACUUUAUUGAGAUACUGUAUCUUUUUUGUUAAUAAUAUUUUUAUAGAGCGUCUAGUAGAACUACUUUAUUGCCGCCUGUUUACAACACUGCACAUUUUACAUAUCGAGUAAUAUUUACAAUUUAUAUUUCGAAAUACUCGUUAAUUUUUAGUGUUAUUUUGCGACUGAUUAUUACUCGAAGAUUGUUGUGAAUAUUUUGAGACUGGAAGUAUAUUCGAAAUUAAUCAUCUGUUUUUAGAUGCGUCGAUACUACUAAUACAGUGCCAUUGUUGUAAUCUCAGUUGUAUGUAGUUUAUAUAUUUUUUCAGCAUAAUGUUACUACUAGUACUAAAACAAUAAAUUAUGUUGAUUCAAAAA